AUGUUUGCCCCCUUCACCCGCGCCCGCUUGCGCGUCUUGUGCCAGAAGCGCAGCAAACCCUCCCACAGCCCACCUGCCCACGACGAGCAACGAGAGCCGCUGUCGAAGCGUCGCAGUUGUUCGGUGGCGUGGUCGAGUGUUGGAACAUUGCUCGCCGCUGUCAAUGGCGCUCCGCUCUAUCUUAUACCGAUUCCCGAGCGCAAACCUCACCAGCCCGACCACUUCGAAGGAGUCUUUACUCCCCCCCACCACGAUCCUCCGAAGAAGACCGAUAAAGAAGAGGAGAAGAAGGUGAAAGCCAUCAUCGAGCGGUUACGGCACUAUGGCAUCGACAGUAUCGUUGAAGCGAACGUCGAGUAUGCGCUGCACUCGCAAUCACCGCAAGGUGACCCGGAGGCGGCCUUUCGCAUGUUGAUGAUGUUGGAGGAUACCUACGAGGGAAUCAUACGGCCGUACGAUCCAAACGUGAAACUACUCGGUGCGGUCAAUCGAGGAGCAACGACCUGCUAUUUGGAUGCUUUACUGUUUGCCAUGUUCGCGAGACUGGACAGCUUUGAGGCUAUACUGUAUGAGAACUUUGAGGAUGCGAAGCGGAAACGGCUGGCAGGGCUGCUGCGGCUUUGGGUGAACAUGCUGCGAACGGGUCGCUUGAUCACAGUCGAUAUCACGGCGCAUCUCCAACAUGCGCUGGUGGAGUGUGGCUGGGCGGAUGCUGGCCUGCAUCGGCAACAAGAUCCUUCAGAGGCGUUUGGCUUCAUCACUGGUCAACUGGAGCUGCCCAUGCUUACGUUGAAAAUGGACAUGUAUCAUACCGGAAAAGAAGACCCAACGGACGACCACAAAUUCAUCAACGAGCGGCUACUGGAGGUUGCACUUUUGGACGAGCCGGCUGAAGGUCGGGAUGUCAUCACUCUAGAGGACUGCCUGGAACACUACUUCAACAACCGCAUCGAAGUCAAACGACAUAUGGAGAGCCAGAGACGGAAUACGCUGAAGUCGGCCAACUUCGCCGAAAACCCUACGAAAGUGGAGAAGGAGUCUGGGGCGCAUGUUGAGGUCCUCGAAAUCCCUGGAACACCCAUUGCUCAAAGCCCAAACCCACUCACGCCUCUCCCCGAGACGCCUCUCCACCAGACCAAAGUCGAACAGCUGCGGCCAUCGCUGGCUCGGAAGCGAGCAGAUAGCAUCUUCAGUCAGCGCAAGGUCGAGCUCACCGGCAUUGACCCGGAAGAUCUUAAGCGCCACGACACUAACACGUCCGUGGAUACCAGAGGUAGGAAACUGAGUACACGGACAGAGGUGUUGAUGCCCGCCUGGCAGUUUUUCAAGCUGUUACCCUGGUACACCGAUCACAUGCCCACUUCUGACGCGCAAGUGGCGGCUCACUUUUCGAAGAAGCGGCCGGUUCUGGGAAUUUGCUUGAAGCGAUAUUCUUACACAAACGAAGGCCAAGCCAGACGACGAGACACCUACGUCGACAUACCUCUUGAGAUUGCUGUCCCGGAUUUCGUCAGUGACGACGCGAUGCCUGAUCAAGAUCCGCUCGUUGGCAAUUUCCGUCUCAUGCUGCAGUCGGUAGUCUGCCAUCGAGGUGUUUCGGUGCACUCAGGCCACUACGUCUGCUUAGCAAGAGGUCGCGUGGGCACUGGACUGGCAACUCAAUCUUCGGCCGACGAGCGACGGAAUAGUAAUGCGAGCGAGGAUAACGAUGACCCGUGGAUGCGAUUCGACGACUUGGCACCCGAGCGGACAACGCCCGUCGACAUUCACGAAGCACUUCGACAGGAGACGCCGUAUCUGCUCUUCUACCAGGUCGUGCCGAUUAGUGACGACGGCCAUUCGAUCCAUGACCUGCCGAGCUACACGGAGGCGACGUCGCGCUCCCAGUCUGAUGCUACGACGCUGGAGAAACCGUUCGCAUUCCAGGCCAAUGAGUCCGCUCACCACCUGGAACAGGUCAAAUCCGAGCCGACCUCAGUGGUGCAUGCCUCAACCGAUGUACUGGACUUCACCUCAACCUCCGAACGAACCUCUCUUGAUGCAAGCACCAUGUUGGACGACCCACGCGGCCGCUCCGAAGCCUCUGGACGCGGCGAAGGACGACACCAAAGCAUCACCUUCGACACCUCCAGCGUGUCCGGCAGCAUCUCGACGGCGACAGAUGCAGCGACCAACUCCGUCCCCACCACGCCUUCCGAAGAGAAGAGCAACAGCUUCCUCGCCGUCGCCAACAAACUCAGCAAUUCAAGAAGAGGUAGCCGAAACUCGAAAGCCAGCGGAUCAGCGAAGUCGAGGCCUACAAGUACCGGGCCUGAUACCAGCGGGAAUAGGUUUAGUCUCAAUAUGUCGAAGUUGACGCAGAUCAUGAGCAACAACACCGGUAGCCACAGUAGUAAAGGCGAGGGUAGUUCGGCUGAAGAACCGCCGCUGCAAGCGCCAUCCGAGCACGGUUCGACUGAUCUAGGAGGGCCGAAGGAUACCAUAGACGGCGCGUCUGAAGCCAGUCAUCCCGUCCCAUCAGCGACUGAACCUGCCCCUUCUAUCCCGAAGACAGACUCGAACGCCAGCAAAGAGAACGUCUCCAUCCCAGCUACUCGACCCGUCAAACCUACCGUCGCUAUCCCCGCCCCAGCUCCUGCACCGGCAAAGUCGAAGAAGGAAAAGGAGAGGGAGAAGCAUGCGGCGAAGCACGCGCAUGCGCAUGGAAAGGCUGGGAAGAAGGGGGAGGAUCGGGAUUGCGUUGUUAUGUGA